CCCAACUCCCACCACGGUCAUACCGCAGACCGUUCUAAAAAAAUAUUAGGUUUUAAAAUUGGAACUAAUGUAUUUAUGAAACAAGAGAGUAGAUCUCCGACUUUUAAAAGGAGGUGAUGGCACGAACCACGUGGAACUAAGUGAAAUCGAGGAAAACCGGCGAAAACCCCACUAGUGUGAUAUUCGCCUUCCUAGUGCUGCCACCAUUUAACCGCAGGAUGCGGGACGCGGCAGUACCGAAUCCGGAACCCAGCAGCACCGAAGGCAACUGCUCCGCAGAUAAUGAAAAUAGCAAGGAUCAGGAUCACGAUACGCCUCCGCUAGAGGCUGAGAGGGAGGCGGAGGCCAACGACGCCAAUUGCACAAUCUGUGGGGCCGCAAAGGCCUCAGCCCUCUUGGAUUUGCGCUCCAAUCAUGUGAUGCAACGUCGCCUGAGUCGCGACUGGAAGAUACAAGCUGAUGUAAUCCGAUCCACUUUGAAGGCCAUUUGUGUGGACUGCGUUUGCAAGUUAAACGUGCACUCGGAGGUCACUCGGUCCCUGAUGCAACGCAUGCAGCGGCUGCAGCGAUCUGGCGGAGAUGUCACCACGGUGACAACAACCACAGCUUCGCCCGUCCAUCAGAGUCCCCCCAUUGCCGAUGCGGAAGUGUCCACCACCUUGACAGAGAACCAGGAGGAGUUGGUGACAAGAAGCAGGCAGAGUGUUCGCAGUUCACGUUCCUCCUGCUCCGUGCUGGAGGUGUACCUCGCCCAGCAACCCUAUUCUCCGUCGGCCAAGGAGUCGGGGGAGAAGCAUGCAGAGGGUUGGAAGUGGCGAACGCGGCUGGAGUGUCACGAAUGCGGAAGGGCGUAUUUCCGGCGGGAUUACUUCGCUCUGCACUUGCGCCGCUGUACCAAAACGCGCAGGUCGCAGCCCCGUCCGCCGCGUGCCAAGUGUAGGGUGCUCAACGAGGCCACCUAUGACGGAUCCUCUUCCGGAGUCACCCGCUCCUCGCGCAUAUACUACUGCCGGCAUUGCGACGCUGAGUUUGACUCGAGGAUCACUAAGAAGCAGCAUGAGCGGUCAAAGCAUCAGCAGCGGUUUCCCUGUGACCUGUGCGAUGCCCAGUUGAACACGAAGUACGAGUGGGAGAUGCACCACACCAUCUGCCAGGCCAAGCAGGAGGCCUUGAACAUCCUGCAGCAGGAGGAAUCUGGACAAACCGUGCAGUCUUUCCGAACGCCAAAGGCUCGCUCCACGCGCUCCCGCUCACGGGCCUGCUCCGAAGUCUGGGACAAGUACAAUAUGGAUGAUAAGGAUGAAGAAGACGAAGAGGAAGAAAGCGACGAGGAGGAUCGGGAAGAGGGCGAGGAUGACCACGAGGACGCCAUGUACACACGCCGCAUGAAUUUCACCGGCGACUGGAUUGUAAACCACAGUCGGAGCAAUAGCAACAGUGCUGGGAAUCUCUCUCUGCUGUACGGCGACUAUGGGCUGGUGGAGACGCACAUGACCACCGACAAGGAGUACGACCUUUACCUACUUGACCUGCUGAAGACGCAGGUACGACUGAAAGCUUUCUCGUGCUUCACGCCAGGCUGUGGCUAUCAGACGGAUACCCUGGUGGCUCUGAUGAAGCACGAUUACAUGGAGCACUGGAAGAUGAGCUGGUUCUACUGCCACAAGUGCGGUGAUGUCUUCACGAGCAAGGUCUUCCUGGACUACCACAUGCACCUCCAGAACCGUGGCCUCUACAUCUGCCACAAGUGCCGCGAAGAGUUCGAGUUGCAGCACCAGCUGGACCGCCACUUUCAGCUGCACAAGAAGGGGAUCAACUACCAUUGCAACUUUUGCCGGCUGGAGUUUCUCAGCGAGGCCAAGCUGCUGGCCCACUGCAAGCAGCGGGGGCACAGUCCCAACGAUGAGCCCCUGAUCAGCAUCGAUCGGUCUCUCUCAAUCGUUAACUGCCAUGGGCCCCGGCCGGCGGACUACUCUCGAACAUGCAAAACCUAUGAAGAGCGGGAGUUAUAUAUUCCCAGGGUUGCGAUGCCCUCGAUGCAGCCCAUGCACUUGCCGCAACAUAAGCCCUAUCGGUUUGCCAUCGGCAUUUGCGACUUUGAAGAGCGCAAUCCGAACUGCGUGGGAUGUCACUGAAUCUAAGCUAGCCUAAGCCCUUUUAAUUUGUCUGCAAUAGUAACGAAUAGUUCAUUUUAUCUAGCCCUACUUUAGGUAAAUUCAGAUUUGUAUUUUUUAUAAUAUAUAUUGUACCGUUGUGAGAGAAA